CCGUGUCGCACACCCCCGCUCUCUGUCCUGGGAAGUGAAUGAAAGAAGAGUCACUCUCUCGUGAAAGUUCGAAAGUCACACUAUCUGCGCGUAUAUCUACCAUGAACUGUUCUUGCGAUCCUUUACACCAGCCUGAUAUCAACACCAUCCCCCAGUCGCGAUGGUGUCCGCGCAGGAAAAGAUUGAAAAGGAAAGGUUCUUCCGGGACUUGUACCGGCUAGAUACACUUGAUGACGAUCUGGCGGAACCUGAUUCUCAUGCCAUCGGAUCGCCCAUUAAACAGACAAAGACAAGAGAAUCGAAGCCACUGCCACACCCAAGUUUGAUACUUGCUGACGCCGAUCAUGAAGCCAGCAACCGGGCCUCCUCUCCUGGGUAUGAUUUCGGAUCGAGGCACACAUCUGCACGACCACGACCAGUUCAGGAGGAAAUUGAACCACAGACAUUGAAGCCGCCUAAACUUGUUUCAACGACCGCUGAAAAGAGAAAGCGUGCCGAUAUGCCAGUUGCUCGAACCAAGACCAAGGAACCCGAAAGCAAAGUGGCCCGCGAAUCAAAUAUAAAGAGAGUUAGGCCUUCUCUGCCUGUGGAGUUUGAGACUGAGACUGCGCAUCAUCAUCGCAGGACCAGCAUUCCUGUCAAGGAGAGACUGAAUGUCACAGACCUCUCCAACAUCAAGCAGCGCAAGCGACAGUUGGGUAGUCGCAAGAAACUGCCACCAGUGCCUGUCGAGCAACAAAUGUUCAGUGGGCUGAUGUUCUAUUUCGUACCUAACAAUGACAUUUGUCAAGCCCGUCGCUUUCGAAUUCACAAAGCGGUCCAGUAUGGUGCUACUUGGGCAAACGAGUGGUAUGCUGAGGUGACGCACAUUAUUGUCUGUGACGGUCUUGAUGCGAAAGAGGCGUCCAAAGAGUUCUGGUGCGGGGAGAUUCCAAUGGGCCCCAUUGUGGUCAACGUGAACUGGCUCAUUGAGUGCCUUUCCCGUAAGGUUGUCUGUGAGCCGCAGUGGAAUCGGUUCCAGGUACCCGGCUUCGCAGAUUUGCAAAAGGAGAGGAAGCCAGCGAGCCCUUCUCAUGGCCUGCACCCUCCUGUCAACAAACAAGCAGUUGAUCCUCCUGUCCCAGAUCCUGCUGGUGGAACGGCCAGAAGAUCCCACCGGUCUCCUUCCGUCUAUUUAGACCUAAAUGAGGACGACACCCACUCCGGACUGGAAGAGAAUGCGGCUGAAUGUGCGCGGCAUGAAGAAGAAUCCGAUCUGGAAGAUGAACUCGACAACGCCAUUGACGCCGUACGAGAUCUUGGACACCUCCCACUCGAACUGAGCUUCGAAGAGAGUGGAAUCUCACCUGCAGAGCAUCACGAUAUCGACGAGGCUCUGACAACUUUUCAAGCCAAGGGCAAGGCUCCAAAGGUGAAUGCGGCUUUCAUGUGCAUGGACAAGCAUGACGGCAAGAACGACGACAAUCCCAAUGCACAAACGAUUGAGAAACUUCUCAAGAUGGGAGAGUAUUAUGGGGCUACUGGAGAUCAGUGGAGAACCCGGGCUUAUCGACAGGCAGUUGCGGCCCUGCGGAAGCAACCCCAACUUGUCCGCACAAAGGAGGAUGCGUUGGCGGUAAAAGGCAUUGGGGAGCGAAUAGCAGAGAAAAUCCAGGAGAUCGUCUCGACUGGAAGACUGCAAAGACUCGACAACGCCCAGCUGGACUCUCGGGACAAGACACUGCGGCUGUUUAUGGGCAUUUACCAUGUCGGCUAUCCUACUGCCUCAAAGUGGAUCGCCGAGGGACAUCGAACGCUGGAAGACCUUCUCGCAAAGGUAGAUCUGAAUCGAAAUCAGCGAAUUGGCAUCGAGCACUAUGACGAUUUCCAGCAACGGAUUCCUCGGGCAGAGGUAGCACAACAUGCCGCUAUCGUUCAGAAAGAGCUGCAAAAAGCCGACCGCGGCUUGCGCAUGAUCGUUGGAGGGUCAUACCGCAGAGGCAGCCCGGACUGUGGUGAUAUUGAUCUGAUUAUCUUCAAGAAAGACGCAGAUCUCAAGCAGAUCCAGGCGCUGAUGAUGGAGACAGUCAUCCCCAGAUUGACCGCACGAGGUUUCCUCAAAGUGGCCCUUGCUACCACUCAUCAUAAAGACAGCGGAUCGAAGUGGCAUGGGGCGUCUGCGUUGCCGGGCUCAAAAGUAUGGCGUCGCAUUGACUUUCUCUUCGUCCCCUGGGCGGAACUUGGCGCCGCAUUGAUCUAUUUCACCGGAAACGACUACUUCAAUAGGAGUCUGAGGUUACUCGCAAGUAGGAAGGGCAUGCUGCUGAACCAGCACGGCCUCUACGCGAACAUUUUGAGAGGGCGUGGGCGAGAGCGGAUGACAGAUGGAAAGCUCUUGGAGGGACAUGAUGAGAAGCGUAUCUUUAAGAUACUUGGGGUGACUUAUCGGCCGCCAGAACAUAGGAAUCCUUGAGGAGGCAUUGGUACCUUCGACAUCGACCGAGAUCAUUGGAAAUACGAUCUCAAGAAGAAAUUGAAGCCGGCCUGGACAACCAAGCUGUCAAGCCGGUUGACAGUAUUGAAUCUGAACAAGGCAACAAAAAUUCCUUACAUUCAACAAGGCGUCGAGCAGCCGUAAGCUGGGCAGUCGACGAUUAGAAACAGAUAUCCUACUGCGGUGCAAAGGCAGCCUUUAUCGCCUCUGAGCUCGAGGCCGGCAUCUUCCCCAUACUCGCUAGUCCUAAAUAAGAUAAAGUUUCAACAGG